AUGGGUAGUCGCAUCGAAAUUUUGGAUACAACUGAGGUUGUCGUCGGGUUGGGAAGUCGGAUCUAUAGCUUCUUCAGUUCUAUCGAGGACGCACCUGAAGAGGUGCGUCAAAUGUGUGCACAAUUGCAACUUCUUCAGAAGCUGUUUCCAGAGAUUGGACGGUCAACUUCUGAUCUAAUUCAGACUACGAUACCGAUACCCGACGUGAUAUUGGCUUGUCUCAAGGCAUGCGAGUCAGAUUUCAAGACCAUGUGGUUGGCUGUCGAGCCGCUUCGCACCAACCCAGGUAUCAAGUGGAAAGAUGCACUGAGGAAAGCUGUUACGAGCGCCAAAUGGGUAUUGAAAUCUGAAGAAUUUGAAAAGCUCACUAGACAUCUCGAGACGGUUAAGCAGACUCUAGCCCUCGCCAUGCUUCUUGCUGGAAUGAGAGUUGACAGUGCUGUGCUUGAAGAAUUGUCAUCCAUCGACACCAAGCUUGACGAAUAUGGGCAUCUGUUUGCUUCUCGUCUUCACAACGUUCACACGAACAUCACAUUUCAGUUGAAACGGAUCGAACAUAGGCUCCUGCAAAGAGUGGACGCUCUUUUUAGAGCCGCAGCCGAGAUUCAUGGGCAAAGUGACCUGCGAGUUACUGAAAUUUACGACAGCUUUACCUCGAGUGGACUACCACAAGCUGGCGAACUAUCGGCCAUGCAGUCACUUGACGGCGAGGUGGACUUUGAGGGCUCCCGCGACAUCGACGGUUCCACGGUUGAAAAUCGAGUAGACAUUGUAAGCCAGGCCACGCAAGACGACAAAGUAGAUGCAUCUGUGUCAGCGGCGUUACAGUAUGCCAUACAGGAAUGGAAAACUGGUGUCAACCCUUUUCACGGUGAAAUGAACACGCACAACAUGAUUGAAGAACGGCAAGCUGCUAAACGGGCUGACCAGUUCAGCCAAAUAUUUAUCAAUAUAGAACGCUCGGAAUUAUCCGCUCUAAUAUUUAAUGGGGUGCGAGCAUUGUUAGAGGCUGCAAGUCUAUGGCAGGAAUACUCCAAUUUGCUGGACGAGGCACUAAAGGAGAUGCAAGCUGCCUUCGAGACUUGCGCCCAGGAGUACGAGCUCUAUCCGGAACCUAGGCUCAAGGGCUUAAUAACAGCGUUAAUCACUGACAGCUUUUCGGGGAUGGCGAAUGUGCUCCGAGUCUUACCAAUGAAAGCAGUUCAAGUCCCCCAAUGGACGGAAAGACGCCAUUUGGGGGAGUCCUGGGAGAAUUACAAAGAUAGAGUCACGACGAAAAAUCGAGAAGAGCGUGGUGAGGUUUUGCGAAGCACUGUCAUGAAGAUUAGGCAGUCUUCCCGAAGAGUAAGGGAAGAGGUCGAAUAUCUUCAUCGAAAGGAACUGCGGCAGGCUCAUCUCAGACUUCGUGAAGUGGACAGGAAGCAAGACCAGGUCAUUCGAGCAUUGGAGGAGCAGCAGAAGAUCUUGAUCUCUCUGCAGGAAGAACACAAAGCCUUGUCUCUCAUCAGCGACCACCAAAAGGUCUUGCAGAUGUUGCAACAACUUCUCACCAAAUUUCCUCCGCCUGAUGCAAUUGGAGCUCCUGUCGGAGUUCCUGUCAACACUGAGACUUCCACUGUGUCUGAGUGA